CCAUAUUUUUCGUGUUUUCCCCCGAGUGUGUGGGAGAUUGUUGCGCCUUCUGCCGAAGAUUACGGGCCAGUGCGUACUAGGAUCGGUCUCUGCGCACACUGUCUUCCUCGAUAAUGAGUGACACUCAUCAUUGCGGUUGACAGUAACCCCUUUGCAAUAAUUUCGUAGUCAUUUCCCCUAGUCAUUACAAUGCUGACUAUCAUUAGCGCAAAGUAGAGUAAGCGGGGCUCGUGCAGCCCACUGUUACUCCCCGGUGCACAUAAGUCUUAUCGGUGAACGACUUGGAAGAUUGUGCAGUUUUUCUAGUGCAGUGAUAACAAAAAUCCAUAGUUACUCGGGAUUAAAUGCAGGCCCUCGUCGUCAGCCUGCAUUUAUCAGUGUUUUGAGCUGAAGUUGGUGUCGAUGAAGGGGAGAGUUGCAUUUCUGGAGGGUCAGGGGGCCGCGGAGUAGACUGAGGCAAGUCCUUUGUUCUCGUCUGCUCUGUUCUGCGUCUCGUUACACUGUUUACUGCAUGGCUCGAUCAGAAUAGUCAAUUUCUUGAGACUGAGGAUCACGACAAGAUGCUGGGAGGCAUAACCAGCGCUGUGUCUCUUCGACGAUGUUUUUAUCUGUCAGCAACAGUUUUUGUCCUCUCGACGCUCAUGGCAAUGGCAAUAAUAAUAAAAUUAUCACCCUUGGAGUCGGUUAAGUGCCGGCAGCCGAGGGUUUUAACAACUCCGACUUUGGAGUGGAGUAGCACAGCGCCGGUGGCUUCAGUGGGGAACAACGCCGGCCCCAGUGAUAUUGCCAAGAGCAAUCCUGAUGAUGGCGAUGGCGAGGGGAGUCAGAGGGAGCUGAAUGAGAAGAGGUAUCUCGAGAUGAGGGAGAAGAAUAUACAGAAUAAAAUAUCGAGGCUCUCCUGGAAGAUGAAGAAUAAAAAUCUACCCAUGGUUUAUCACAAUGCCACGAGCAUUGAGAUUAAUUACAAUGUUCAUGUGUUUUAUUAUGCCUGGUAUCGGUCUUUGGAGUACGAUAGGGUGUGGAAACACUGGGAUCACGAGUACCUGCCGAAUUGGAAGAAAAAUGAUAGGAGGGUGUUUCGGGAGGGGAGGCACAGGCCACCAGCGGAUAUUGGGGCUAGCUAUUAUCCCAGUCUUGGGUGUUACAGCUCGAGAAAUCCACAGGUAAUUGAUCUCCAUAUGCGACAACUGAGGGAUGCUGGAGUGGGUGUGCUAGUUGUGUCUUGGACGCCACCAAAUACACCGGAUAAUACAGAUCCGGUGAUGCCCGAUCUGCUGAACGCGGCGCACAGAUAUAAUUUGAAGAUUGCACCACACAUCGAGCCCUAUCCUGGACGCAAUCCAAUUAAUCUUAUCGAGCAUAUAAGAUAUUUGUUCUCCAAGUAUUCGUCCCAUCCGGCACUACAUCGUGCGAGGAAAAGUAGAGAUGGGCCAGCCCUUCCCGUAAUAUAUAUUUACGAUUCUUACGUGUUUCCAUCGAGUGCAUGGUGGGAGCUCCUAUCGGAGCGCGGAAAUCUCACCCUCCGUGGUACCGAAAUUGACGCUAUAUACAUGGGUCUUCUAGUCGAUUCCGCCCACCGGAGUCACAUUAAAAAAUCACGUUUCGAUGGGUUUUACACAUACUUCGCUGUGAACGGAUUCAGUUAUGGAAGUACCUGGAAAAACUGGAGGGAGCUCAAUAAGUUCGCCAUACAGAAUGGCUUGCUGUUCGUACCGAGUUUGGGGCCGGGUUAUAUAGACACACAGGUACGUGCAUGGAAUGGUGAGAAUACGAGACACCGUAAACACGGUCAAUACUACAGUGUUGCGUGGAAAAGUGCGAUAAAAAGUGGUGCUAACGUUGUAUCAAUAACAUCAUUCAAUGAAUGGCACGAAGGUACACAAAUUGAGCCAGCUAAACCAGUGAGCAAUAAAGACUUCACUUACCUGGAUUACGAGCCAGAGGGUUCGGAUUUCUACCUGAACCUGACAAAGUCGUGGGUCCAACAGUUCACCGACAGAAAUCAUCGACUAUGAACAUUGAUCUAGCUUAACUCAUGACUUUGUACAAUUUACAAUUCAACCUCUGAGUAUCCACGAUUCUUCAUAGAGACUAGAGAUGUUUCAUGCGUGCAUUUCAUCACGAAUACUCUUAUUUACUUUUCAUUAAUAAUUUAUUCUUAAUUAAACGAUAAACAGAAAUGUUAACGCAUUGAUUCUGUGAUACAUAUUGCUGUGUAUUUAUGGUGCAUUCACGUAGAAUAACGUCGGCACACAGUAACAAACAGUGCAUACAAACAAUUUAUGCAUUUUUAAUUGAUUAAUAUAAAAAAAUUAGUUAUAUUAAAGACUCUCUGAUCAAAAUGAAGGAUAAUUAUUCGCACAAAAAAAUAAUGUAGUAUGCAUUCAGCAUGCGGACAAUAAGCGGCGGUUCUCGAGUAUAAUAUCCCUUACUUUACAGGGUAAUUAUUUAUUAAUCCUUUAUGGCAACUUAAAUAAUUGAAUAAGGAACGAAAUGAUAUUACUACGAUGUACUUGAACGUAUUGCAUGUGUGAAUCAAGCAAAUAAUUUUUAAUGAGGGUGUAUACAAUUUAUAUAUUAUUAUACAUAUAGACGAGAUGAAAAAUAAGUGGAUGAAAAACUUUUGAAAUAAUUCACACUUGGAGCAUUUUUAACGAAUAAAUAAAGCCCCACAUAUCAACGUAUCCCAUGUGAAAACAAUUUCACGCUGGUUGUAAUAAUAAAAUCUAUCAUUUUAAAAAAUAUUUGAUUUUUCAAAAUCAUUCUUAUUCACGAACAAAGACAAUACACUUUGAGUUUAUAAUAAUUAGUAUUUAAAUGUGGAUCGUAGAGUAAAACUUUCAAUAAAAUUGUCAUUAUCUAUUUCUUAUUUAUUUAUGACGUUGACUUACUCUACUUAUAGUAUAAGUAAACAUAUAGAACGAGAUGUAUGUACAUGUAAAGUUGCAUUUAUCUUGGCAAUUUCGUUAUUCUCGUGAAGAAAUAAAAUAAUAAGUCUGAAACAAUCGACUUACUCCUUUCUUACAUAAUUACAUUAUCGUCACUCAUUCUAUGUGAUUAAGUUCCCCCCCGAGCAGUCUCAGUAAAACCAAUUUCUAUUUAUAUCUGUAUGUACACACACAUAUACAUCAGGUGUAUCAUCAAUCACGUAAAA